AUGUCGACAACGGACGAGAGUCUCCUUCAGACAGCGCUAAAGCCCCGUACACGCGCAUCUAACGACCAAGCAAAAAUACUUCGCGCUGCAUACAAGUACCAGUUCGACACGUUUACGAGCAAACAAGUGUUGUCGACAUUAGAAGAGCAAACGGGGCUCCCGAGCAAAUGGAUUGCCGACUGGUUCUCUCGCGAACGACGCAAAACGGCAAGGAAAGAAAAGACUCAGAUUCAGAACGCUGCGCAAUCAAUAUCAACUCCUACCCUGGAAGCGAAGGCAGAGCCCCAGGAUGCACUCAUCAACCCUGCGAUUGGUGACUUAACUCCUGUCCGUAACGACUCUCUGGAAAAGAAGCAGCUCAAGUCAAAAGCCAAGGCACGAAAGGCGAAACGUAGCUUACUCAAGACGCUUAUGGAGUCGGACCCCAAUCUACCCAAGUCAAACAAGGGUACCGGUUCCCCUUCUCUAACGUUGAUUAAGGAGGAGUACGCCGAAUGCAUGAGCUUAUUAUCAUCGCCCAUCACCAUUGACCCCACUCCCCUGCCUGCGCAGCAACAAUACUGUAACGCAGAAUCUAUGUCCAGUUCCUCGGCGUCAUCAAGGCCUCUGCGAACGUUACAAAACUCUCAUGCGCAUAACCUACUCUUACAAACGGCUGGCCUGGGUCACGAACAUGCUGCUAAUUCUGAACCGGACGCUCGUCAGGCUUCUAUUGCUAAUGUCCAACUUACUCUGCCCUCGGUCACAACGCUUCUAAGCAGCCUCUUCUCCGAGUUCAAUUUGCGUAUGCAUCGUCAGAAUCAGUCCAUGAACAAUCAGCUCGCCGAAAACCAGCACCCAAACUGGGGGACCGCUAAGAUUACCUUACAAGGCCCUAGAGAUCCGGGGUUGAGCUUACUACCUUCUCAAACUGAUCGGGAGAUUGGAACUGGACAUUCGAACCUGGAGUGCCACGACUCACGCCAACUAUUCCCUCAUGACCAAUCUGCAUCUGGCGCGUCACAAUCGUACUCGUCUCUAGCCUUUUCAAGUCCGGGGCUGCGCUUUCCGGGCCCUCCUCAGUUUGAUAACUCAUCAGCACAAGAAAUUUACGGCUUCGAAGACAUUUUAGACGCUAAAAGGGCUCCGCUCAAGCACUUAACUGUUAUCCACGACAUUCUCUCCGCGUACCACCGCUCUCCUAACACGCCAUUCGAGCUCAUUGGUAGCGAAGGUCAAGUUACACCAAUCGGACACCUCGUCAUUGACCGCCUGACAGACGCAACUCUUGCGGACACGGACCCAUUCCAAGCAUCCAUGGGCUUAGUCUUCCUCUCCCGGCUCGGUCUGAAAUUCUAA